AUGAAGCUCUACGACCCCUUAGGAUUCAUUGCACACUUCGUCGUCCAAGGGAAGAUCCUGAUGCAGGAGAUUUGGCGAACAGGUACUAGCUGGGACGAGCCUAUUGCAGAGCAGCCACGUGAGCUUUGGAUAGGGUGGAUCGAACAGUACCGGCAGAUCAACGAAGUGAACGUUCCUCGCUGCUUCUUCAAGGAUUUCUGUCCGCAGCAAGUCAGCGAUAUUCAGGUCCAUGUGUUCACAGAUGCGAGCGUGUCAGCUUGUGCGUGUGUGGCUUACCUUAGAACGACGGUGGACGGAGAGAGUCAGUGUUCGUUGAUUGCAGCAAAGACAAAAGUUGCACCUCUACGAACGCUAUCCAUCCCACGUUUGGAGCUUCAGGCUGCCAUGAUGGGUUCCCGUCUAUUACAGAACAUCUGCUCAGCCCUUAGCAUCGAUACCCACAGACGUUUCCUUUGGUCAGAUUCAGCAACAGUUCUUGCUUGGCUUCGCUCCGAUAGUCGUCGGUAUCAUCAGUUCGUGUCUUUCCGGGUUGGCGAAAUCCUGUCGUUAACCAGUGUGGAUGAAUGGCGCUACGUUCCUUCUCGCGAAAAUGUUGCGGACGAUGCCACGAAAUGGAAUGGAGGGCCUUCAUUCGACCCAGAUUGCCGUUGGUAUCAGGGUCCUGCAUUUCUGCAAGAUCCAGAAAGUCAGUGGCCUACGGAACGGCCAGGAGAUACAGCGGAAGCAGAUGUGACGACUGAAGAAAUUCGCCUCGUUGCCGUACACCGAACAGUAGAGGAAGUGGUAGACGCACAGCGUUUUUCUAACUGGAACAGACUAUUACGAGCGACAGCAUGCGUCCACCGAGCUGUAGCAGCAUGGAAGCACCUGACAAGCGGGACAAGGUCGCUCAAAAUACUCAGCCAAAGUGAGUUCGCGAAAGCAGAGGAAACACUAUGGCGGCAGGCUCAAGCGCAGGAGUAUCCGGAAGAAGUUCAGCUGUUGCGCGAAGGACAAAGUGUAGCGAAAAUCAGUCCUAUUCGUGCGUUGUCUCCAUUCCUGGACGAGAGAGGAGUUCUACGAGUUGGCGGUAGAAUCGGGCAAGCUCCAUCGAUUCCAUACGAAGCGAAGCAUCCAGUCGUGUUGCCGAGAAAUCAUCGAAUCACAUACCUCGUUGUGCUCAGCUUCCACCAGCAGUUCCUGCACGCGAACACCGAGACAGUGUGCAACGAAUUGAGGCAACGGUUCUACAUUCCGAGGAUGCGAACAGUAAUGCGGAGCGUAUGUCGUAGCUGUCAGUACUGCAAGAUUAAGAAAGCAGCACCAGUUCCACCGAUGAUGGGACCGCUUCCGAAGGUUCGUUUGACUCCCUUCAUUCGUCCGUUUACGUACGUCGGCGUUGACUACCUGGGUCAUUUCGAAGUGAAAUUCGAGCAGUUCAUCUGGAGCUAG